AUAAUAAAUUGUUGUUUUUGUUAAAGAAAAAUAAGAGAGAAAAGAUAGAAAAAGAAAUUAAGAACAGAAACUAUUUUUUCGUUUUUUGUUUUUGUUUGGUUGAUUUAGAAAAGUCUACAAUUAAGAGUAUUUGGGGAGGAAAUGAUUGGAGAUGGUAAUUAACAGGCUCUGUAGGCGCUACUUCUGCACACCUUCUCUUUAUCCUUCUUCUCUGUCUCAGCCAUGGCUGUUUGUUGGUUUGGGCAAUCCCAGUCUUAAAUACAAAGGAACAAGGCACAAUGUA